GCCCCCUGGUCAGUCAAGAGCUACGUACACAUCUUAUACGCAAGUCCUCUGAAUCAUCGACUGGACUCAUUCUACAGCCAUAUCUCCCGUACUCCUGUCAUUUUGGUCAAUUUUCUUUCUCUAAUCAUCGCAAGGCUGGUGUUCCUGCCAUGGGAAUUGCAUCAGUCGUUUUGUGUCUGGUUAUCACAAUCCACGCACUUCUGGUUCUGGGAGCCCACGCGAACUGCAUUUGGUAUGGCAUAGGUGAUAAAUCUGAUCCCGUUCGCCCCAAAUAUUCCUCUUACGAUGGCCCUGCCAAACCACUGGACAACGAGACCGCUUACACCACUUUGAAGAAACUGUGCCCCAAUUACGCGCAGAGCCACAAUCCUUCUCUGUGUUGUGAUGGUGAGCAGGUGGCCUUCUUCUCCGCUUCUGCAGUGGCUGCUCAAGACCUCUUAAAAAGAUGUCCUGCGUGCUGGGCCAACUUCCGUCUUCUUCUAUGCGCCAUGACAUGCGAUCCGAACCAGGCAGAGUUCCUUACUCCGAACAUAGACAAAUCCGUGGUCUCCUCCAUCGUGUACAAUGUGAGCAGUACCGUGGCAAACACAUUUUUUAACAGUUGUAAGGACGUCCAAUUCGCCGGUGCGCACGCUAUUGACCCUAUUUGUGCAUCGACUUCUUGCACUCCUGAGAAGCUUCUCGGCGGUAUUGGAUCCCAAAGUCCGUUUCCGGUCAAUUUCGUCAUUACACCGAACCCCGCCAAUCCCACGUCCAACACCGGUGGAAAGCAGCCCUUUAACCAGACAUUCUAUCCGUGCAACGAAUCAGUGCCUCGGCGUGGUUCCGACACUGGAGGACCUGCAUGCUCAUGUUUGGACUGUGAAAGCUCCUGUGUAGCACCACCGGAACCUCCUGCACCACAGCCUCCUCCACAGGUUUUCGGUUUCGAUGCCUGGUGGGUUGGCGCCUUCUUCACUUUUGUGGCUGUGGUACUUGUGUUCGCUGCCUGUGAAAUUAACUCCCGCCUUCGCGACAGGCAAAGCGCAGCAGGUGUUAUUGACGAUAGACGCGGCCUUUUGGAAGACGACUCUUCCGAGGUUACAGAUGAACUUGAUGCAGUCGAAUCUGCUCCACCACGGCGUCCCAACUGUUUAGUGCGUUUGCAGGCAAAACUCGAAGAUAUGCUGUGUCAGGUGUUCACCUGGCUUGGCCGAUUAGUCGCCCGUCAUCCGUACAUCACUCUAUUGAUCUCCCUCUCGAUAUCUAUCGCCUUAGCCGCCGGUUUGUCCAUGUUCACCGUGACCACGAAUCCCGUCGAGCUAUGGUCGCCUCCGACGUCCCGCUCGCGGCUGGAAAAAAGCUACUUCGAUACUAAUUUCGCACCAUUUUUCCGAACCGAACAAAUAAUCAUUCGACCUCGGAAUCAGAGCAAUUUCGUGCACAGGUCGUUGUUUCCUUUACCCGGUAAAAUGCUAGUGGGACCUGCCCUGCGGAAGUCCUUUCUAGAUGAAGUCUUGAAGUUGCAGAAAAUGCUCCAGCACUUCUCGGUCUACUCGAAGGAGUUUGGCAAAAACAUCUCCCUCGAGGACAUUUGCUUCAAACCAUUGGCUCCUGACAACUUGGAGUGUGGAAUUCAGAGCCCACUGGAGUAUUUCCAAAGUGACUCUGCUACUUUCAAUCAAACCUUACUUUCCUUCGGCAUUGUGGUAGCCGAUUACCUUGAUCACUUACUGUUCUGUGCCAACUCACCGGUUUCCACCGGGGGCUCUUAUCCCAACAAGACGGUCAGCUGCCUCGGCUCAUCCAGUAUGCCAAUUCUUCCCGCUGUUGUUUUCGGAGCAUUCAAUGGUGAGCCCCUCCAGCAGUUCUGCAAUGCGGCCUACUUGUUCACGUCACGAACUUGGCAAUCAUUUGUACUAACGACAGGGCAGCUCUGCUUUUUGUUCAUCUGUCAGCUUCAUCGGUUCAUCCUACAUACGACUUAUCUGUUUAUCACUUUUUAA